CGCCGGCUGCGCGCGCGCGUUGUGCGCCGACGUGCUCCGGAAGUGAAAGCGGUGUGGCCGUGUGCAGUGGUGGGCGAUGAAAUGUUUUUUGUCUGCUGAACUCCACCUUGGAUUGUCUCAUUGCUGCACAUUCAGAGCUUCAUAAAAAGUAGGAAGUCAAGAUGAAGAGCAGGGUUACGCAAGUAAAUCAUGGUUCCAGUUAUGAAAAGAAGGAAAACUACAGUUCGCACCGAAGAAGUCUGUCUCCAGAGGACAGGGAUGUAGAGCGUGACAGGUCUCCAUCUCCCAGAAAGAGAAGAUAUUCUGACGACAGCAGAUACGAAUAUCAUGAGUAUUCAAGAAGGGAAUACUAUGAUGACAGAACUUCAGAAGGAAGAAGGAUGGAAAGGGGUAGAGACAGACACCAUGAGAAAUGGGAGGAGAGAGAAUCUGAUCGAAGGAGGAGAAGACACUCAUCACCUGAUCAUAGGAGUCCAGAGAGGUCGACAGUCCAGAGCUCACUUGCUCAUGAUGAGACCUCUUCAAAGAAGAAGAAGGAAGAAGUGGAUCCUAUCCUUACUCGCACAGGUGGUGCAUAUAUUCCACCUGCCAAGCUCAGGAUGAUGCAAGAGCAAAUCACUGAUAAAAAUAGCUUGGCAUAUCAGAGGAUGAGUUGGGAAGCCUUGAAGAAGUCCAUCAAUGGUCUUGUCAAUAAAGUGAACGUUUCUAAUAUAGAAAAUAUCAUUCAUGAGCUCCUUCAGGAAAAUAUUGUUCGUGGAAGGGGGCUUUUGUCUAGAUCCAUUUUGCAAGCUCAGAGUGCCUCUCCAAUUUUCACCCAUGUUUAUGCCGCCCUAGUGGCAAUUAUCAACUCAAAGUUUCCAAAUAUUGGUGAAUUGAUUCUCAAGAGGUUGAUACUAAAUUUUCGCAAAGGAUAUCGCAGAAAUGAUAAGCAACUUUGUCUAACAUCCUCAAAAUUUGUUGCACACUUGAUGAAUCAGAAUGUGGCUCAUGAGGUUUUAUGUUUGGAGAUGCUCACAUUGCUUCUUGAAAGGCCUACUGAUGACAGUAUUGAAGUAGCAAUUGGAUUUAUUAAAGAGAGUGGGCUCAAAUUAACAGAAGUUUCUCCUAGGGGUAUUAAUGCAAUCUUUGACCGUCUUCGACAUAUUCUGCAUGAAUCUAAAAUUGAUAUGCGUGUUCAAUAUAUGAUAGAAGUUAUGUUUGCUGUACGGAAGGAUGGCUUCAAGGAUCAUCCAAUCAUUCCAGAGGGAUUAGAUCUAGUAGAAGAGGAGGAUCAGUUCACUCAUAUGUUGCCAUUAGAAGAUGAGUACAACCCAGAGGAUGUUCUUAAUGUUUUCAAGAUGGAUCCGAACUUUAUGGAAAAUGAAGAGAAAUACAAAAUGCUGAAGAAAGAAAUUCUUGAUGAAGGUGACAGUGAAUCUGAAGCAGAUCAAGAGGCUGGAAGUAGUGAGGAGGAUGAAGAUGAUGAUGAAGAGGAGGGAGAAGAUGGUCAGAAAGUUACUGUCCAUGACAAAACAGAAAUUAACCUGGUGUCCUUUCGUCGUACAAUUUAUCUUGCUAUACAGUCAAGCUUAGACUUUGAAGAAUGUGCUCACAAAUUGUUGAAGAUGGACUUUCCCGAAAGUCAGACUAAAGAACUCUGCAAUAUGAUACUUGACUGCUGUGCUCAGCAAAGAACAUAUGAGAAAUUCUUCGGGUUACUGGCGGGGCGUUUUUGCAUGUUAAAAAAAGAAUAUAUGGAAUCCUUUGAAGCUAUUUUCAAAGAACAAUAUGAUACCAUUCAUCGUUUGGAAACAAACAAACUGCGGAAUGUUGCCAAGAUGUUUGCUCAUCUACUGCACACCGAUUCAAUUCCCUGGAGUGUCCUUGAAUGUAUAAUACUGAGUGAAGAAACUACCACAUCCUCCAGCAGAAUUUUUGUCAAAAUAUUCUUUCAGGAACUCAGUGAAUAUAUGGGACUUCCUAAUCUAAAUGCAAGAUUAAAAGACGAAACACUGCAGCCUUUCUUUGAGGGAUUGCUGCCUCGGGAUAACCCAAGAAACACUCGCUUUGCCAUCAAUUUCUUCACUUCCAUUGGCCUGGGAGGACUAACGGAUGAAUUACGGGAGCAUCUUAAAAAUGCACCAAAGAUGAUAAUGACACAGAAACAAGAUGUUGAGUCAUCAGAUUCCUCUUCGUCUUCAGAGACAGACUCUUCCUCAGAUUCUGAUUCUGACAGCAGCAGUAGUAGCUCAGAAUCAUCCAGCAGCAGUGACUCCUCAUCUACUAGUGAUGACAGCAGUGACUCAGAUGCUCCUAAAGCCAAAAGAAAGAGAAUGCAAAAAAAAAAUAGAGAAUCUGAUAAAGGUUCCAGGAAAAAACAAGAAAGGAAAAGAAAAUCACAUGAAAAAAAAAUGAGAAGGAGGCAGCAAGAGGAAAGGAGUGAUACUGAGAGCAAAUCGGAAAGAAAUCACCGAAAGUUGAGGGAAUCGCACAGGAGAGAUGAUAUAUCAAAAUAUCAUCACAGAGUUGAGUCCAAUGGCAGAGACAGUUACCACAGUGGAAAGGAUAGGAACCGUGAAAGAAGUAAGGAUGUAGAAAAUAAACACAGUAAUUCGAAACCCAAGAAAGCAGACAGAAGAGCUUCUUUUUCUGAUGAUGAAAAUUACAGGCACUGGAGUAAAGAUAAUGAACAUCACAGUAGAAGAAGAGAACGAUCAAGAUCUGGAGAGAGAGCCCAUAAUAAUUCAAGUCCUAGAGAGGAGGAGCAAGAAGAUCGAUACAGAAAUGGUUCAGAGAGGCACAGAGAGAAGUACAACCAUUAUUCUGACCAGUACAGGGAAUCCAGAGAAUCCAGAAAGAAUGAGGACAGACGAAGAGAGAACUCCCCACACAGACGAAAAUAAUGCCUAGCCAGAGGCUGAAAUUAAUGUGCGUUUCUGAGCUGUUAAAACUGUAUCUUAAAACAUGUUACUGAACUGUCUUUGAAAACAAAAAUUUUGUACAAAGUAAUAGUUUGCAUUUGUAAAUUUUACUAGUCUUUUUCAAAUUUUCAGUAUCACUUUUUUAUAACUGUUGCAUUGAGUCUUUCUGUUAAAGUCUUCCUUUGGAAAGAUGAAGCUCUUUAUUUUGUGAAUAAAACUAUUAAGAUCUCUGUGAAA